UGACAGUUCGUAUUGUCACGUCGUGUUUCAAUUUUAUUGCUUCUAUUUUAAAAAACAACCGUUAAAAUUAUUUAUCAUUGUUUUAAUUCAAAUAAACUGUGAAGAGAAGAUUGUGUUAAAUAUCCUAUUUUUUUCGUUGACACGUGAAGAUAUGAAGAUGUGUGCGAUGCGGUCCGGCUGUGAUGCGUCCCCCCACGCUACCGCUACCCCCCUCGCCUAACGCACGCGGCAUGGACAAGUACGAGCAACUAUCUGUUGUAGGUGAAGGAUCGUAUGGCGUUGUGCUGAAGUGCCGACGGCGCGACAACGGCCAGCUGGUUGCCAUUAAGAAAUUCCUGGAGACGGAGGACGACGCAGCCGUCCGCAAGAUGGCUCUCAGAGAGAUACGCAUGCUUAAGAAAUUGCGUCACGACCACCUAGUGAACAUGAUCGAGGUGUUCCGUCGCAAGCGGCGCUUCUACCUCGUCUUCGAGUACCUGGACCACACGCUGCUGGACGAGUUGGAGGCGGCGCGCGGCGGUCUAGGCGAUCAUACCACGCGACGGCAUCUGUACCAACUUCUCAAAGGCAUCGACUACUGUCAUCAAAACUCGAUAAUCCACCGCGACGUGAAGCCGGAGAACGUGCUGGUGUCGCAAACAGGCGUAGUGAAACUGUGCGACCUAGGGUUUGCUCGCGCGCUUGCAGCUCCCGGCGAGCCAUACACUGAGUACGUGGCCACACGCUGGUACCGUGCUCCGGAGCUGCUUGUCGCUGAGCACAGGUAUGGUCCGGAGGUGGACAUCUGGGCGAUCGGUUGUCUGUUCGCGGAGAUGCUAUCGGGCGAUCCGUUGUUCCCGGGAGACUCAGACAUCGACCAGCUGGCACUCAUCAUCAGAACUGUUGGUAAGCUAGCGCCAAGACACCAACAGGUAGUAUCCCGUCUGUCAGGCGGUGCUGCGCUGGGUGGGCAGAGUGGGACAUGCGUCGCUGGCGAAGCACGUGGCUCGCUGCCCGGUGCUGGCGCAGCGCGGGACCUGCUCGCUGCCUGUCUCCGCACAGAACCUCGAGCGCGGCCCACAGCAACAGCAUUGCUUAGGCAUAAAUAUUUCACCGCGGACGGUUUCUCAGAGAGCUUCAACGCUGAGCUGAGAGCGAUGUUAGGCAAAGAGAUACGAUCCCCACCGGCGCAGCAGAGCACGGCUCGCAGUGGCAAGCCGCGUCAACAGUGGACACUAAGCAUUAUGCUACCUGAAAACAACAGUUCGAGAACAAACAGUACACACGGGGAAUCCCUCAUAGAUUAUAACUAUAACCCGAUAGGUUCGGAGGCGCCGACAGAGGGCGCGCCGGCUGCAAAGAAAUCAUCCAGCGUCUUAUCAACCACAUUGUCAUCUCAAUUGAAUGAAACUGAUGAGGCGAGUGCGUCCCUGCCGGCGCCGCGUCCCCCCGUCACACGCUCCCUCGCCCGACUCGUCAACGAAACCUUCCAGACAUUUCCUGUACCCGUCAGUACUUAUCCAAGAACACCCUAUAUAAAGAAGGUGAACAGCAAGCUGGUGAUGGACAAGGACAUGCUGGGGGAAUGUCUCAAGAAGUCAACUAAAUCUCAUCCGCCCAACUUUUCUCUGCCAUACGUGCCUGGAGCCAGCAACAGCCCCAUGAAGAAGGUAAAGAAGCCUCUGAUGCAUUCUGUCAGAUCCUACGACACCUGGGACACAAUGCGCGGUGGAACAGAGUCGACGUUCGAGGCUCGCACGCCGACCAACUUGCCGUACAUGUGACUCUACAAGCACGGCUUGUACAAGCUGUGCCAUCACUGACUUGUACACUGUGUACAUGUACCGCCGCACUGCCAUUGUACACUUUGUAUAUGUUCAGUCAAUAGACUUGUGUACACUUUGUAUAUGUUCAGUGUUCAGACUUGUGCAGUGUUAGUAAACUGUAAUAUUGAGUGACAAUUAUGAAAAUUAUAUAAACUAU